CGCUCUCCGCGUCGGCGGGCCGUCCGGCAAAGGCGGCCCGCGGAAAGGACGCGUGCGGCAGCUCCGCGCGACAGCGGUGCCCGCCAGCGACAGAUGAGGAGCGCGAGAGUGCGGCGCGCGCGCGCGGCGCUGGCGCCGAGGGCGCGGCGCCGCCCUCUCGGAGGGCCGCGCGCGGCGCCCAUAUGCUCGAAGCCGACCCCCGGCGGGUCGCGGGGCCGCCCGCGGAGGCCGUGGCGAAGAGGGGGGCCCAGAGGACACGCAGAGAAAACACGCCCACCCGAUCGGGGGUGGGGCGGGAUCAAAGCUCCAGCGCCCGCGGCGGCGGCGCCGGCCGCGCCGCCGCCGCACAGGAGAGCGGCCCCGCCGUUCGGGUCAGGCGGUCGCUCUGCCUGUCUCGCAGCUUCGCGUCGACGGCGGACGCCUUCACGCUGCGGCUCACCACGCGAGCCUGCCGCUGGGACAGCCGCGUGGCCCAGCGCACC